AGAAGGCUGACUAGAGAGAAGGUGACCAGCUGACUACAGGCAUGCACACUCUGUACCAGCACAUGAGAACAGUUGAGKUGGCACCAUGUAGCAAUCCCUGGCGCAUGGCCUGUCUACUGGGCAUUUUCAACUUCCUGGGGUCGGUCACACCCCUCCAUGUGGCUCCCGUGAUGACUGGCCUCCGCUCCGCCUUUUCAGCCACGCGGACCAAUAGCAUCCUGGGAGGCACUCAGAAGGCUGUGACCUUCAACAAGCUCCUAGUCAACACAGGGAGUGAUUUCAACCCAGACACAGGCCACUUCCGCUGCAGAAUCCCUGGAGCCUAUUACUUGUCCUUCACGUUGGGGAAAUAUCCCAAGAAGAUGUUGUCUGUCAUACUGGUGAAGAAUGGGCAGGAGGUGCAGGCUAUAGCCUAUGACGAUUACAAAAAGAAAGGGAGGAAGGUCCAGAGUCAAAGUGUCAUGAUCAGCCUGAGGGCMAUGGACACAGUGUGGCUGAUGCUGCAGGACAGUCCUCAGUAUGCUCUAUACAGCAGUGCUGGACCUUACAUCACCUUCACCGGUUACCUGGUGUACCCCGACAUCUCCGCCACUGGCUAUCUCAACAACCACCUAUCCUUGUCAGGGCAGCCCUACCCCAACUCCAACUGUCCCCCUCCUGGAGACCACAGGUACGGCUGGAGCGGUAGUGCUGAGGCCCCUGUGGAGCCUCGCUCUGCCUUCUCCGUGGCCAGGACAUCCCCGGUCCUGGGGGAGAAUGGUGGCGGGCACCAGGAGAAGGAGCCUCUGACCUUUGAUGUGGAGUACGUCAACAUUGGAGGGCACUUUAAUAAGACGUCGGGCCGCUUCACCUGCCGCUACCCUGGUGCUUACUACUUUGCCUUCACUGUGGGGAAGCACCCGCGCAGGGCAGUGUCAGUCAAGCUGAUGACAGGCCACGGCGAGGUGCAGGCCAUGGUGUUUGACGAGGAUACGUCCAGGAGGAGGGAGAUGCAGAGCCAGAGUUUGCUGCUGUCGCUGCAUAGGGGGGACAACGUGUGGCUCUACAGCCAGCAGGACGAGCGCUACGCCGUCUACAGCAACCAGGGACGCUACACCACCUUCUCAGGCUUCCUGGUCUACCCAGACGUUGAGCCCAYCACCACCACCAGCCAGGACCUGGACAGAACUCACUUCUGAGGGCUCGGAGUUCUUCAAAACACACUGGACCCUCCUUGAAAUGUACAUUGUGCUAUGGUUACAAAAUCUAAUUUGUGAAAGUGUGAAUGUAAGUGCUAAGUUACACUAUGCUUCAUARGCUUUGUUUAGAACCGCUGUAGUCAGCUUCUGUUUCUCUUUAUUACCACAUUUUCUGUGGAUAAGUGGGUCAUUUUAUGUUUUGUUUUUGGCURCGUUUAAACCAACGUUAUAGGUUAUAUGUUAGUAUAUGAUGCUGGAUCAUUAGGAUUCUUUGGAUACCUCAUGUUUUUUUUCUAUCAUUCACCAAAAACUAUGGGUUACAAUAAGUAGAGCUUUCCUAUGUAAUCUUUAUAUAUACAGACAUGCUUAGGGACAUAAUUAUUUAUCUUUACUGAGCAGAUGUUUUUGCAAAGACUCAGCAAAACUCAGAAAACCAUUUAAUCAUUUAACUUGUGUUAAAUGCAUUGAGUAGACUACUAUGUAAAUACUGCAUAGUUUGCCUGAAUGACUGUAUGGAGUUAGRUAACCUGAAUGUGAUGUAGUUAUGAAUGUUUGAUCUAUUCUGAAUGCAUAGUGAAAGAAUAUUCAUUAAAGGAGWAKUUUACCCAAAAUCCAGAAACUCCCAAGUGUAUUCCAUACAUUGAAACUAGUUCAGUGGAGUUUGCCCUCUCCCCCUCUCACUCCCUGUAGGUCAAGUGACUUGUGACAUUGAUGGAUGCAGGCCUCGCUAUGCUCUGUUGCCAGUGAAUUCAUGAUUCAGAAAUCUGCGAAGUGUGGACAAAUCCGUUGUUUUAUUGAAGGCGUACGGCCGAAUGAGCUAUUUGUUUUGAGUCAGGAAAUGUGUACUUUUCCACCUAAAACAUUUGCGAUUAUUUUACAUAAUUAUUUUAUGUAGCCGACUGCCACAGUGCAUGUGCGCUCUCGGGGGAAUCCCUGCUAAGUAGAAAUGGCACUGUAUGCCCUUAUUGACAGAUGCACGUUUUUUUGGCGCAGAAAUGAAGACAACGUUACACAUUAGUUAUACAAAGUAAACAACAAUCUACAAAUAUGUCUGACGACAAAAACUUGCGAGUGAUGAAGAAAACUACUGGAGAGGUGCCCAUGGUGUCGUUGAACCGAGCCUGAGUAUUCRGACGAAGAAUUGAKGCAAAUUGAGCUUCAGAUGGCCACUGCUGAUUUACAUGCUGACCAGACCGGACACGUCGCGUGCUCGAGCAUUGCAAAAUAAAUUUUGAAAUCCAUGUUAUUCAA